AUGAGGACGCACGCCUUCCGCCUAGGCGCCGUCCUAUUCCUCGCCCUGGCGACGACAGGGGCGUUCGCGGGGGAUUGCACCGGCUUGUUGAACUGCAACGACUGCGCGAGCAUCGCCGCCAUCAGCAACCAUAAAUGCCUCAACGGUGGCACGUGCAACGCCGCCUACGCCUCCUCGGACGACAAAGUCUGCAUCUGCCCGAGCAGUACCGAAGGGGUCGAGUGCCAGACCCCCGGCGUCACUCGAUGCGCUGGCGGAAGUUGGUGUGGCAACAACGGAGAGUGCGGCACCAACUUUCGCUGCAAGUGCACCGUCGGAUUCACGGGCAAUCGUUGCGAGGAAUCGCAGCCCCCGGACAACUGCGUCAUCCCCAGCAACCACCAGUGCCUCAACGGCGGCAAGUGCACCAACAACACCAACACGCCGUGCAACUGCCCGCCCAACGUCGGUGGACCGAGCUGCGAGAAGGUCGACGUGCGCGUCUGCGUCGACGGGACCUACUGCGAGAACGGCGGCGAUUGCAAAGUCUCCGGAGGAUGCGCGUGCGACGAGGGAUUCAUCGGCGCCACCUGCGGCGAGGUGGAUCGCGAGUGGUUCCAGGCGAGAUACAACUCCGGCGGCGGGUCCUCCAGCAGCAAGAAGGAGGUCGUCAACGUCGCGGCCGCGGUUGCCGUGCCCCUGGUGCUCAUCAUCGCGGCGGGCGGCGGCUUCAUGGCGUACAUGGUGCACAAGGAGCGCAAGGGUGCGCCGCUCUUCUCCAAGAUUGACGACGUCCCGGACGUGGAGAUGAGCGCGCGGAACGCCCUCCCUGCGCCCGCGGUCGCCAAGGCGUGA